CCACAUACAUACCACAGAAAGGGCAAAAUAAUAGCGAGAAUAGUUGAAAGGAAGCAAGGGGGUAUACGCUCUUUUUCUUUUUCUUCCUUUUCUUUUGAAGGGGUGUUCCAAGGAAAGUGACGGAAAUGUCGGUAUGUGGGAUUUCCCGGUCACCCUCUCGUGUUGUGUUGUGGGUGCUUUGAAUUGCCAUUGAACAGACCCGUGUCGCUGUGUCGUCUUUCUAUCAAGCAAUGUAAUGAGAACUCGUCACUGGAACCCUGAAGAAGAACACAGUGUCUGUGCCCGUGGGGAAAGAAUCACAUGACCCCCUUUUGAAGGAAAAAGGAUAGUAAAGCUGCUUACAAGUGUGUGGUGUGGAUGAGAUUUCAUUUGUUUUUCUGGGCUUCACUGCGGGGCUGUUUCGGAAAGCUAUUGAAGGAGCUCUACAGUUAACUGGAUGCAUUUGUUCAUGUUCACUGGCAACAUGCAAGUGUUCGGUCUGCAAUAUAUUCAUCUUCCGUCUUGAGGGAACUGUGUGAUGUCUUGUGUGUUCUAUUGCUGUGUCAGAGCAAUGGAAAAAGCAUUCAAUGGAUAUGCAUUUCUGGUUCUUGCCAUUAUCUUUCUCUCAAUGCGCCCCACAGAACAGCUUCAGUCUUCCCAGGCCCAGACCCUUCUGAGAAUUCAAUAUCUUUUGGACAAUCCACCUGUUUUAAGAGGCUGGACUGACGGCACAGAUUUCUGCAAUACUGAGACCAAUUCAUCUCUCACCAUCGUGUGCUAUGAAGAAAGUGUGACACAGCUUAUUAUAAUAGGUGAGAAUGGGGCUCCUGCAUUGCCGCAAAACUUUUCCGUGGAUUCCUUUGUGACGACGCUGGUAAAGCUUCCUAAUUUGAAGGUCCUCACACUAGUUUCUCUGGGCUUGUGGGGGCCAUUGCCUGGUAAAAUCGCACGGCUUUCAUCGCUGGAGAUAUUCAAUGUGAGCUCUAAUUUCUUGUAUGGUGCACUCCCCCAUGAGGUUUCGUCUUUGAUAAUCCUGCAAACGCUCAUUCUUGACAAGAACAUGUUCUCCGGUCCACUGCCAGAUUGGACUGGUAAGCUCCUGAAUUUGACUGUGCUAAGUCUGAGACAGAAUUCAUUUAAUGGAUCUCUGCCUGAUGCUUUGAGUAACUUGGAGAAUCUCAGAGUUCUCUCACUGUCACAUAAUCAUUUCUCCGACGAAGUGCCAGACUUAAGCAGUUUGAGAAAUCUUCAAGUUCUUGACUUGGAAGAUAAUGCUUUUGAAGGUCAAUUUCCGAAACUUGACAAUAGGUUGGUCACUCUCAUAAUCAGCAAGAACAAGUUCAGAUCUGGAAUUCCUUCUGAUCUAAGCUCAUAUUAUCAGCUUGAGCAUCUAGAUAUCUCCUUCAAUAGUUUCAUUGGGCCAUUCCCGCACUCUUUGCUGGUUCUCCCCUCUAUUACUUUUCUAAAUAUUGCGGGAAAUAAACUGACAGGCAUGCUUUCCGAAAAUCAGUCUUGCAAUGAUGAAUUGACAUUUGUGGAUUUAUCAUCCAAUCUUUUGACGGGAAGCUUGCCUGAUUGUCUGUCUGAUUCAAAGAAGCGUCAUGUCUCGUAUGCUAAGAAUUGUUUGGCUGCUGAAGAUCAAGAUCAACAGCCACUUUCAUUUUGCCACAAUGAGGCUUUAGCUGUUGGCAUAGUGCCUGGCCAGAAGAAGCGAAAACAAGCGGCUAAAACAGUUCUUGCCUUGGGCAUUGUAGGGGGCAUUUUGGGAGGAAUUUUGCUUGUCAGUCUGAUAUUUUUGGCUAUCAGAAGAGCCAAUGCCAGGAAGGCAAAUAAAUCACCUCCUACGAGGCUGAUAACCGAGAAAGCAUCGACUGGGUCUGGGUAUACCUCAAAGUUGCUCACUGAUGCCAGAUACAUAUCUCAGACCAUGAAGCUGGGAGCACUUGGGCUUCCACCUUACCGGACCUUUUCUUUGGAGGAGAUUGAAGAGGCCACUGGUAACUUUGAUACAUCUGCUUUCAUAGGUGAAGGUUCUCAUGGCCAGAUGUACAAAGGUCAGCUGAAGAAUGGGUCUCUUGUAGCCAUCAAAUGCCUGAAAGUUAAGAAAAGCCAGAGCAUUCAGCACUUCAUGCACCACAUCGAGUUAAUUUCAAAACUUAGACAUCCCCAUGUUGUCAGUGCUCUUGGACACUGCUUCGAGUGUUACUGGGAUGAUUCAAGCGUGAGCAGAAUCUUUCUUGUGUUCGAAUAUGUACCAAAUGGUACAUUAAGGAGCUGGAUCUCGGCAGGGCGGCGUGCUAGGGAAUCACUCACCUGGUCACAAAGGAUUGGUGCUGCAAUUGGGGUAGCGAAGGGCAUUCAAUUUCUACAUACUGGGAUUGUGCCCGGUUUAUAUUCAAACAACUUGAAAAUGACUGAUAUUCUUGUUGAUCUGAAUCUUGUUGCCAAAAUAAGCAGCUAUAGCCUUCCAUUGUUAGCAGAGGAAGAGGGGAAGGAGGGUAGUAAGAUGCCUUCUGGAGGAUCCAAGGAAAUAAUUGCUAGGAUGAAACACCAGGAUAAGACCGACAUCUAUGACUUUGGGGUAAUCCUGCUAGAGAUCAUAUCAGGAAGGCCAUUCAGAUCAAACAGUGAAGUUGAUGUCGUAAAAGACCAACUACAAUCGAGUAUGAUGGGUGAUGAUACCACUAGAAGGAGCUCUGUUGACUCUUCGAUUCGAAGAGUAUGCUCAGACCAAUCAUUGAGAACGAUGAUGGAAAUUUGCGUGAGAUGUUUGAACAAGGAACCCGCAGAUAGACCAUCUAUUGAAGACGUUCUGUGGAACUUGCAAUUCGCUGCUCAGGUCCAAGAUGCAUGGCGAGGAGACUCACGGAGCAGUGAAGGGUCUCCAACAUCCCCUUCACAAGAGCCGGGGCUACGUCUCUCCAUCCGAUGAGUUGAUGGAAUUAAAAGAGCAAAACAGGAAAACACAAGUAAAUCAAGACGUUAUUCUCAGAGAGAUUUUUCCGGCUGAUGCUCCACUAUAAUUAGUUCUUUGGCUUGAUAAGUAUACAUUAGUUCAAGUUUCUCCUUGCUCGGUUAUCCUUUCUUGCAAUUUUUGUAAGUUUCCUGUGCAACUGGAUGACAGUGACAGUGUGCAUCCUGUAUAUUACAAGCUCUGUGAAAUAGAGAAUAAGCUCUUGUCCUUGACUCCUGCACAAGUAGUCAUUCAAGUGUACCUUUUUCUUAUGCUCA